UGUCAUCUUUUUGUCUCUAGAAAAAAAAACACACACACACAAUUGAAACAUGAAUUCCCAGCAGCAGAAGCAGCCCUGUGCCCCACCCCCUCAGCUCCAGCAGCAGCACGUGAAACAGCCUUGCCAGCCUCCACCCCAGGAGCCAUGCGUUCCCAAAACCAAGGAGCCUUGCCACCCCAAGGAGCCUUGCCACCCCAAAGUGCCUGAGCCCUGCCAGCCCAAGGUUCCAGAGCCCUGCCCCACCAAGCUACCUGAGCCCUGCCCUCCAACAGUCACUCCAGCACCAGCCCAGCAGAAGACCAAGCAGAAGUAAUGUGGUCCGCAGCCAUGCCCUGGAGGAGCCAGCCACCAGAUGCUGAAUCCUCUAACCCAUUCUGCUUAUGAGUCCCAUUUGCCUAUUGACCCUGCAGUUAGCAUGCUGUCACCCUGAAUCAUAAUCCCUCCUUUGCACCUCUAAAAAGAUGUCCCUUACCCUCAAUCUGGAGGGCUCCUGAGACUCUGAGUAAAGCUGAAAGUCUCACUGACUCAGCUAGUCUUCUUAUUGCUCAGGGUGCAUUUGAGAAGGGAUCUGGGGAGGAAUCAAGUGAACCAUCCCUGGUCUUCCCUCAAUAAACAACUUUUAACUGAC